UCGCCAACGUCCUCCUCGAAGCGCACCGCACCACUAUCCAGCGGAGGCAUGGCCUUGGCUGUCAGCUCCCUGCCGUACCCGUCGCUGACCCUCCUGCUGCUAGCCGUCGUGGUGGUGCUCCUGCUGCUAGACGCCUCCAAGCCGCGCGACUUCCCGCCGGGGCCUUCCUGGCUGCCCGUGGUGGGCGCGUACCCGCAACUCCGCCGCCUGGUCAAGAAGUACGGCUUCCUCCACGACGUCUGGCGCGUGCUGGCCGCGCAGUACGGACCGGUGGUGGGCGUCCGCCUGGGCCGCAACCGGGUCGUGGUCGCGUCCGGGCUGGUCGCGGUGCGCGAGGUGCUCAAGCACGCCGACUUUGACGGGCGUCCGGACGGCUUCUUCUUUCGCUUGCGCUGUUUCGGCGAGCGGCUCGGCAUCGUGUUCACGGAGGGCGACCACUGGCAGGAGCAGCGCCGCUUCUCGCAGCGGCUCCUCCGCCGCCCGGACGUGGAGGCGCACGUGGCGGAGGAGGCGGCCGAGCUGGUGGCCGCGCUGCGGGCGCAGGCCGCGACCGCCCGCCCCGUGCCCAUGUGCCGCGCCUUCGACGUGAGCGUGCUCAACGUGCUGUGGGCCCGGCUGGACGGGCGGCGCUUCCGGCGGGACGACGCGCGCCUCGACAGCCUGCUGCACACGCUGCACGACUGCUUCCGGGAGACGGACGUCUCCGGCGGCCUGCUCAACCAGAUGCCCUUCCUGAGGUUCGUCGCGCCCGGCCGCUGCGGCUACACCAGCACGCUGCGGAACCUGCGCACGCUCUGGGGGUUCCUCGGGGAGACCGUCGCGGAGCACAAGCAGCAGACCCUAGAGCCAGGCAAACCCCGGGGUCUGAUCGACGCCUUCCUCGAGGAGAUGAAGUUGACGGGCAGAGAAGGCAGCAAUUUCUCAGAGAAGCAGCUGCUGUCGCUGCUGCUGGACCUCUUCAUGGCGGGCGCCGAGACGACGAGCAACACCCUGGGCUUCUGCGUCAUGUUCCUGCUGCAGCACCCCGACGUGCAGCGCCGCGCGCAGGACGAGCUGGACAGGGUGGUGGGCCGGGAGCGCGACCCGAGCCUUGAGGACCGCGACCAGCUAUUGUACCUGGAGGCGGUGCUCAUGGAGACGCAACGGCUGGGAAACAUCGCGCCGGUCGGCGUGCCUCACCGGGCCGUGCGCAACGCCAAGAUCAUGGAGUUCGUCGUGCCCAAGGACACGAUCGUGCUCGCCAACCUAAUGUCCGUGCACAUGGACCGCGACCACUGGGGUGACCCAGAGAGCUUCAGGCCCGAGCGCUUCUUGGACGAGACGGGCAGCCUCAAGCCGCCCAGCAAGUACUUCAUUCCGUUUGGCGUGGGUAUGUCCUCUAUCCUUCCCUCACAAGGAGACUUAGGUAAGUGUAAAUUCCCGAUUCGGUUCAAACUCGGUAUAUUUGCUUCUUAUCCUUAUAGAUGACUAUUGCGCGUCAAAAUUUGUGCUGAAGUUCAUAUGUCAAAACUCCCUAUA